AUGCAAGAGUGCAAGAAGUGCAAAGCUGGUAAGGUAUGCUGCUUAAUCCGCACCUGUCGCGACCGAGGAGGGAAGUGUAAGAAGGAAGGAAAGUGCAACGGUAGAAUCGUCAAGGUGAAGAAGCCAUGCAAGGAACCCAAAGUCUGCUGUCUAGGCACAACCACUGCCAUUACAACAGAUUCAACAACUGCCACUACAAUAGGCACAACCACUGCCCCUACAAUAGAUACAACCACUGCCACUACAACAGAUGCAACCACUGCCACUACAGCAGACUCAACCACUGCCAUUACAACAAGCACAACCACUGCCACUACAACAGAUUCAACCACUACCACUACAACAGGCACAACCACUGCAACUACAACAGGCACAACCACUGCCACUGCAACAGAUACAACAACUGCCACUACAACAGAUACAACAAUACAACAGACACUAACUACUGCCACUACAACAGGCACAACACUGCCACUACAACAGACACAACCACUGCUACUACACAGAUACAACACUGCACUACAACAGAUUCAUCCACUGCCACUACAACAGCCACUACAACACAACCACUGCCACUACAACAAUACAACCACUGCCACUAAACAGAUACAACACUGA